UAGCAAUAUAUCCUUACCCAGUCGUUAGUAUAUCUUCUACCUACUUAUAUAUCCCUAGUUUCCUUCCAUAUUUUAGUACAAGAGUACCAGACUAAUAUGAUACCUACAUACUUGACCUAUGGCACGCAGACCGAAUUAAUCAAAUCUCGUGAUAACCGUAUGACGGAGUAUCGACACCGUGAAAUUUGCGAUAUGCUUCGGCACACUGCCUUGGAAAAGGGGGUAGAGAAAGCCAUGUGGGAUAACGGCUUAGAUAUUAUCCUCGCCCCAUCAGACUCAACAUAGGUGUCUUACGCAUCCUAGGCUAGAUGGCCGAUUGGGACUGUGCCAUUGGGUAGACUAGACGGAGUUGGGCAACCAUUUGGACUGUUUGCGCCGGCUCGUGGAGGGAGAGAAGACGUUUUAUUAAGAUUCAUAGCUCUCUUCGAGAAAACAUUUCCGAGCCCUCCUGGGGCAACUUUCCCUUUCGAAUAAUUAUCUGGCAAUGGCUAUUAUAUCAUGAUCGUAUUAUUUAUAGGGUUAAGAAAGCUACGAGAUCUGUUUAAUCUAUUUUAUUCUUUAUUAGUAUUAGCAUUGAUUUCUAUUUCUCAA